GUUUUUUCUUUUCAUCACACAUGACUAGAUGGGGGAAUUUAGUAGGACCUGGGUCUCAUUUAAAAGACUGAUCUUUGGAGGGAUCUAUUUUAUCUUACACUUGAGCGAUCUUUCCGUUCUCAAGGGAGAUGUUCCUUCUCGCAUGAGAAGGAUCCAGACAGCACUUCAAAUCACUCUAAUAAUGUUUCUCCCCCCACUUCAGUUACUGAUGUUCCUGCCCCUACCUUUUGUCAUGGCUGUCAUGUUGCACGUUGGGAUGAUAUUUUGAUUUAAACUGUCAAGAAAAAACCCAUUUGAAUCAUGAUUUAAAUCAAAUCCACCCCACCUGGAUUGAUCCGGCCUUCUUACCUCUAGCCUCCACCUUUUCCGGUCUGUUUCCUCCUCUGACUUUGAGAGUCCUCUUUCUGUUACAGGCAAUGGGGCUGUUCGAAGAAGAAGAGUCAACGUCUCCAGUGGAUGAGCCGAUUCUGCUGGAUUCCCAGCAAGCCCAGUUAAACAGUGAAUCUGAGCAAGAGGACAGGACAGAAGAGAAGGGCUUCCAUGGUGAGAACCAAGGAUUUGGGGGAAAUGAGGAGCCACCUUCUGUGGGGAAUCUGAAGCCAGCCAAGUUUCUCAGGACACUCCUUGGAAAAGCCAAAAACAUUUCCUGGGAUCCAAAGCCAGGACCGACUUCCAGGAAGAAGCGUGGGACAAAGGAGGCCCAGGAAAGCGGUCCGGUUGCCAAAGGAAGUGCCUCCGUUCUAAGAGGAGGGAAGGGAGACCCAGACAACGACCCAGCGAGGCCCGAAUCACUGAAAUUGGAACCCCGUGAGGAUAAGGAUGAUUUUGGUUAUGGCUCUGACUUCUUAAUCGAUGCUGAAGGCAAACCUCAUAAACCUGUAGACUUCAAGGAAAUGUCCAGUCAGAGCUCAAACCAGAUAAAACAGCCAAGCGUCCCCACAGGCGACAAGAUGUGUAGCUCUUCUAACAGUGGGAAAAGCACCCGUCCCGUUUUAAGCCCAGUCGGGCACAAUCUGACUCUUGCUGAGGAGGAACUUGAUGAAUGCUCAGGCUGUGGGGAAAACAUUGUUUAUGGUUCUGAUCUUCUUAAAAAGGAAAGGAUCCAUCUAGGAGAUAAAUUAUAUGUGUGUUUAACCUGUGGGGAACGCUUCGGCCUUUAUUCCAGCCUGAUGCAACACGAGCGAACACAUACAGGAGGAGAGACGUACGUGCCCUUCAAGUGUAGAAAAGCUAUCUGUCACAAUGGCAGCUCAUCCUCCUCGGAAAAGAGAACCGAGGCAGGAGAGCAGCCUUACAAGUGCUCAGCUUGUGGGAAGAGCUUCUGUAAGAGCUCUGGCCUCCGUUUUCACAAGAGGAUCCACACGGGGGAAAGACCCUACGUGUGCACUGAGUGCGGCAAAAGCUUCAGCCCGAGGUCCAACCUUCUCCUUCACGAGAGGACCCACACUGGGGUGAAGCCUUUCCGAUGCUGCGAAUGUGGGAAGAGCUUCCUUCGCAGCUCAGACCUCGUAAGACAUGAGAUUACCCACACGGGAGAGAAACCCUACACUUGUUCCUGGUGUGGAAGGUCCUUUGGCCACAACUCGACUCCCAUCGUCCACGAGAGGACCCACACGGGCGAGAAACCCUACAAAUGCUCCAUCUGUGGGAGGAGCUUCCGGCACCACUCAGGCCUAAUCAAACAUGAGAGGACCCACACCGGCGAAAGGCCGUAUGGAUGUCCGGCUUGUGGUAAAGGCUUCAGUCAGAGCUCAGGACUCACGUUGCAUAUGAGGACGCACACAGGAGAGAAGCCAUAUCAGUGUUUGGCUUGCAGAAAAAGUUACAGUCAGAGAUCCAAGCUUACAAAGCAUGAGAGAAUCCAUGGGACAGAACAGAGUUUUUAAUUUGAAGAGGGGGAAAGGUUGAAUAGUAGCCUUUCAGCUUGUAGGGUCUUAUGUAUAAGCAGAAAAAUAUCAAUGAAUAAAUACACGUGGAGACCACAAAAACUCUGGGCUGCAUUAACACACACGGUAGUGCUUCUCAGGGCUUGGACAGGGAUGGCAGCUGAUUCUUUCGCCAUAAACCAACAUAAAAAUGUCUGUUUGAAUAUUUAUUUAAAGAAUAACGGGUUGUGUGCCUAUCAGUUUUCACCCUGGUAAUCAAGAAUUUAGUUUUUUGUCAUCAUCAUCUUGAAUUCUCCCUUUCUUCACUUAGUGCUGUUUUCCACUUGGCGAGACCUCAAAUCUCCUUCUCUUUCCCAGAGUUGGUAAAAUUGGUUCUAUAAGCUACAACUCCCAAAAUUCCCCAACUGGGCUGGGGGAUUUUGGACAUUGUAGU